AUGGAAGGCGACUCUACUCAAAAAUCAUCAACUCCAGUACCAUGUGCUAAUAAUUGCGGUUUCUUUGGUAACCCAUUGACAGAAAACUUUUGUUCAAAGUGUUACAGAGACAUAAAUGCCUUGAAAAAGGUAACCGAAAAACCACCAGCUGAAGUAAACAGACCUGAAGAACCAAAGGAACAACCCAUUGAAGGCAUUACAGAAGACCAAGUUGCCAAAAAGGUUCAAGUCGACACAACAAAAUGUUUUAACUGCUCAAAGAAAGUUGGUUUAUUAGGAUUCAAGUGUAGAUGUGAUUAUGUAUUUUGUUCAGCUCAUAGAUAUUCCGAUAAGCACGACUGUAGUUUUGAUUACAAAUCGGCUGGUAAGGCUGCUCUAGCUAAAGCAAACCCUAUCGUUGCCGGGUCCAAAAUUCACAAAAUAUAA